CUGGCCCGUCUCGUCGAGUCGUCGUCCAGCUCUCUUCUCCCAGAGGCGGCGCAGAGGCUUGGGCUAUUAAAGCACGACUCUGCAAAGCCACGAAGGCCACCACCAGACACCGGUAGCUCCACCUCCUCUGCUCCAGGUCCGAACCGCACCUGCCAUUCGCAUCAGCCUCGGCGGCUCGGGCGGGCUUCAUCUCAUCCCCGGAUUCUGUUUCCUCAGGUCAUAUCGCUGUUGCAGCGUGAGUUUGAGCGCAACACACACAAUGGUGACCAAGGUGGUGGACCUCCGGUCGGACACGGUGACGAAGCCCUCGGAUGCCAUGCGCGCCGCCAUGGCGGCCGCGGACGUGGACGACGACGUCCUGGGCGCGGACCCGACGGCGCAGCGCUUCGAGGCGGAGAUGGCCAGGAUCAUGGGCAAGGAGGCCGCCCUGUUCGUGCCGUCCGGCACCAUGGCCAACCUCGUCUCCGUCCUCGUCCACUGCGACACCAGGGGCAGCGAGAUCAUCCUCGGCGACACCUCCCACAUCCACAUCUACGAGAACGGCGGCAUCUCCUCCCUCGGCGGCGUCCACCCCAAGACCCUGCCGAACAACCCCGACGGCACCAUGGACAUCGACAAGAUCGUCGCUGCCAUCAGGCAUCAGGACGGGGCGCUCUAUUACCCCACCACCAGGCUCAUCUGCUUGGAGAACACACACGCAAAUUGUGGUGGCAAGUGUCUGUCUGUAGAAUACACUGACAAGGUCGGUGAAGUUGCCAAAAGCCAUGGACUGAAGCUUCAUAUCGACGGAGCUCGCAUUUUUAAUGCUUCUGUGGCACUUGGAGUUCCUGUUCAUAGACUUGUGAGAGCAGCUGAUUCGGUUUCGGUGUGCCUAUCCAAAGGGUUAGGUGCUCCUGUUGGAUCAGUCAUUGUUGGUUCAAAGGCCUUCAUAGACAAGGCUAAAAUUGUUAGGAAGACCCUAGGUGGUGGAAUGAGACAGGUGGGAAUUCUUUGUGCUGCUGCCUAUGUUGGCGUUCGGGACACUGUGGGCAAGCUUGCCGAUGACCAUAGGAAGGCUAAAGUUUUGGCAGAAGGACUGAAGAAAAUUAAACAGUUUACAGUUGAUUUAACUUCAGUGGAGACCAAUAUGGUAUUCUUUGAUAUCACGGAUCCACGCAUAUCACCUGACAAGCUGUGUCAAGUCCUGGAACAGCGCAAUGUGCUUGCAAUGCCAGCAAGCUCAAAGAGCGUCAGGCUUGUCAUUCACUACCAAAUUUCAGAUACUGACGUCCAGUAUGCAUUGACAUGUAUCGAGAAAGUUGUCGAAGAAAUACUGUCAGGCAAUGUUAAGUUGGAGCAUUUGACAAAUGGUACUACCGCAAAUUCAUACGGGCACUAGGGAUAUCGACACAUCUUUGCAUCUAUUGCAGUAAUCCAGCGUGUUUGUGAUCGUGGCCGUUGUAGUAACAACUUUGCAGAAUAAUCUAGUGCUGUUUACUCUCUACUAGGAAUGUCUUAUGGCGUGCUGCAUGAUUCA